GAGAAACAAAGAGCAAUAGUACAGCAGCAGCACUAGAAAGGAAAUAAGCAUAAAACGGAAGUUGCGAGGAAAAUAGACGAAAGGUAUGGACCCUCAACAGCAACAACAAGCACCUGCGCACCGCCCUCUUCAGCCUCCCGCUGGUGGCGGAGGCGGCGGAAAUCCUCUCUCCGGUCUUCUUCCUUUGCUUUUCUUUUUCGUCGCUGCCAUCACUGCGGUUAUGCUUUCUUCGGCGUCCACAAGCAAGAUCAGCUUGACCGUCUUGCAUCAAGUUCCUGAAGGUCAUGUUGGUGUCUACUGGAGAGGGGGUGCCCUUCUCAAAACAAUCACUGAUCCUGGUUUUCACUGGAAGCUUCCUAUUGUUACUCAUUAUGAACCUAUACAAGUGACUCUUCAGACUGAUCAGGUUAGAAACAUUCCAUGUGGCACAAAAGGGGGUGUUAUGAUCAACUUCAACAGGAUAGAGGUUGUCAACAGGCUGAACAAGGACUUUGUAUAUGAUACACUUCUGAAUUACGGCGUGCACUAUGAUAAGACAUGGAUAUAUGACAAAAUUCAUCACGAGAUCAAUCAAUUCUGCAGCUCCCAUGCUCUUCAACAAGUUUAUAUUGAUAUGUUUGAUCAGAUUGAUGAAAGGAUGAAAGAUGCUCUCCAGGGAGACUGCACUCGUUAUGCCCCAGGUGUUGAGAUUAUCAGUGUUCGUGUCACAAAACCUACCAUCCCGGAGACUAUAAGGCAGAAUUAUGAACAGAUGGAGGAGGAAAGGACAAAGGCUUUAAUAGCUAUUGAGAAGCAGAAGGUUGCUGAGAAGGAGGCAGAGACACAGAAAAAGAUUGCGAUAUCUGAGGCAGAAAAGAAUUCAUUUGUGAGCAAAAUCAUCAUGGAACAGAAGCUGAUGGAAAAGGAAAGUGCCAGAAGGCAGCAACAAAUUGAUAAUGAGAUGAAUGUAGCUCGAGAAAAGAGCAUGGCUGAUUCCUACUACUACAGAUUAAUAAAAGAAGCUGAAGCUAACACUAUGAAGCUAACACCCCAGUAUCUUGAGCUCAGAUUCAUUGAAGCAAUAGCAAAUGAUACCAAAAUAUAUUUCGGAGAUAAGAUUCCAAAUAUGGUUUUCGACCAGAAACUUCUUGGGCACUACCUGGAACGCGUGGCCAAAACGCCAGGCAAAGCAGAUUUUUGAGCUAAUGGAUGACUGAGUACUCGGAUGUAGUUGUGCAAUGGCUGAGACUUUCGGCAAAAUGGAUCAUCAGAUUAAGUAUACUCGUAGCAGAGUAAUGGAUCUCUAGUUUCUGGAUUGAUUAGGUCACGUGCGAACCUAGCACUUUAUUUGGAAUGUUCUUUUGUUCUUUGUUUGAAUGUUAUUUUCUCAGGGGUGGUUAUAAACAGUUUCAAAUGAAUAGUGAUAUGCGUAGGCUAGUAUUCUAGUAAAGACAAACAGGAGGGAGUAGAAAAGAUAAGGGUAUUGUAUCUCUUUCAUACAAGUAUGUUUUGCACAUUCUCGCUUCUAUAUCCUCAAAUUUUGACACUCUGUAAAGUACUUGGACGGUUGCUCUGAAAGAAGUUGUCAUUUUCUUUGUG